GUGUGGAAAGUCCGGAGCGGCAUCAUGAAUGAGGAACGAGAGGAGGAGGCAGAAAAAGUGGAAAGUGAAAGAAAAGUUGCCGAAGGGAGAAUGUGCGUGCAGCCCUGGAUCAGAGCAGAUGAACGCCGCCGACAGCAAAGCACGUGUGAGUCUGGAUGGUUACGGUGGCAGCAUGACAUCAUGGAGAUGCGUGACCUGCCUGUUUCUCUUCGUUUUCCUGAUUGACCUGUCAAAGGAAGACUGUUUCGACUAUUUCAACAUGGGGACAUGGGAGGCAAGACAUCUGACACGCAGUUUCCCCCUUGCGAGAGCUAAGGACUCCAGGGACUUAAUCGAAUGUACUUUGGAGAAGGUGUGCAAUAGGACAGGAGAACUGUGUCACAUACUACAUGGCUGCUUUAAAAAUGGUGAAAAGACAAGGAAUCUAACGUGUGAAGUGGAGAGUUCUCAGAACGUCUCUUUCUAUCACCUCAUGUGCCUGACAGCCAAAGCACUCAAUCAUACUUCUGAAGGCUGCGGAUACGAAAAUGUGUGCAGGCUCCAUUCUGAAAUAACGUCUGUUGAUCAAACAACAUUGCCACCACCACCAGCAGCACCAACAACACUGCAACCAACAAUAACAACACUGCAGGAAACAAGAACAGCAACAACAGCAGUCUUAGAGAGCAAAGUUGGAGAAAGGAACGCCUCAUCCUCCAAAAUUAAUAAUGAAGCAGAUGCCGUAAGCCUGAAGAAUUUGUUAAUCAUUUCCGUGAUCCUCAAUGUGGUCCUGCCACUGGCUGUUUACCUAUGGAUAUACAUGAGGACACAGCACAGGACAGAAAGGGAUGGACCCUGGAUGGAUCCAGGAGCUCAGCCAAUGACAGUGUUGCAGUUAAACACGCCGCUGGUAUUUGGAAAUGAGGCUGAAGUAGAGACCAAACAAUUAAUGGAGCCCACCGAGUGUGACUCCGUCGUCAGACCUUCAGCUGAUUCAACGAGGAAUGGACGCACUUUUGGAAAUGGAUUGCCGCAUUAAAGACCGUGCUCACAACAUUGCCUCUGUAUAUUUUCAAAGCAACGCAGCUGUGGGAUGUGACACAGUAUCAGGAUGCCAGGAGGAUCAGCUCCACAAUGCUUGGUAACAGGAAGGGAGAACUGAAUGACUGCGGUUUGCAAAUGCCUUUAAGGGAGGUGAAACUCUAAGGGUGAACUUUAACUUCAAACGUGAGGAGGAGAGAGAGUGAACAAGCCGCAGCAUGCCAGUUUACUCAACCACAUAGCAAUCUGUAAUCAAGAUAAGCUGUUGCAUUACCCUGGCACUAAGUAAAAGCGAAAUGGGCAACAGGACCACAAGGCUCCGACGGACUGGAACAAAGUUUGGGGAAUUUGUGUGUCCUGUGACAAGUUUUUGUUUUGCUCCCGUAUUUGUUUUCCCUGAACAGGAGCUGACCAGUCACAAACAAACUGCUAUAGCAGACAGCUAUAAUAGAGAUAAACUAAUAGAGACUGUUUACCAACGACAACAGAGAGGGCAAUAGGAUGAAAUAGGUGAAUGAAAUAUUAAAUGUCAAAGCAAAAUGCUCUGACUGGAAUUACAGCCACCGAGAAUGUAAUAGGAAACAAAGCUGGCUUAGAUCAUCAGUUUCUGGUGAACUUUUUGUUGAUCUUUUACUGGAAUUGUUGUCUGAGCUACAGAACAGUCAACAGGCGGAUGAGAAAGGCGUGUUCUGCUGUUGGUCUCCAUGAGUCAUGGCAACACUUGCAAAAUACGUCAAAUGCUAUUUGAGUUGUGUAGUUGUUCCUGAUACAUGAAAUAAAGUUAGGAUUGCGGUAUGAAGGCAAAUGUUUGCUGGCACUACUAACCAUGUCAGGUGAGACCUGACUGGCUCAUCUGCGAGUCACAAUGUGUAGAGAGUUCAUAAAUGUGCUUGCCUUGUUUUUCUUUUACAUGACUCCACUUUACAGUUUGAUAUAUCGAGGAGGGAACAGAAAGCAAGAGUCGCAAAGAACCAGAAAGUUUAUUCAAAGACUGAACUAGUAGUGGGGCAUUGGGCUGGGGAGGGCAGAGGCUGUGACGACCCGGGAGAGGGUGGAGGGGCUUGCUGGAUGCAGGGGUCUGGGGCGACUGUGGGGCGGAGGUUGCCAGUGGAGGGAGCGGGUUGCGGGGUGAAGAGGAUGGCGGAGUCCCGAGGUGGUGCCAGUAACCGACGGAGGGCGCGGUGAAGCUCUCCCCGCUUCACCGCUGCACGCCCCAGACACAGACCCACAGAAACACGGGGAAGAAACCAGAGUCGGGGCCGGUGCCGGGACAAUUGGGACAGCGAUCUCAUAGCUUCUGCUGCAGGGACUCACCUCCUCUGUCUCCUUAACAUCUUGUCCUGUCUAGUCCAACUGUCCAAAUGAUUAAUAAAGAAGUAUGCAUGUUAAGUAAUCUGCACUGCUGGUUACAGGUAACGUUUUUUUUUUUUUUCAUUGCAUGCAGUGACUUUAAAUGAGCUAGUCGUACUUGCUGGCUAUCUCUAGUGUUCAAGUAUGCAGCUGUUUCCAUAACUUUAUUAGCAGUUAUUUCAUAAGCUGUGAAAACACACUGACUUAGAUGUGAAAAAGUUGUGAUUAUUCUGGGUAGGUUCUCCUCCCCCGACAUGCUUCAUUAACAGAUGUCUAAUAGCGUGUGUGUGUGUGUGUAUGUGUGUGUGUGUGUGUGUGAGUGUGUGUGUGUGUGUGUGUGUGUGUGUGUGUGUGUACAUACAGUAUAUUCUUUCCACAUGUUUCAAAUGGCCCUCAAACACUUAUACUUGACUGUCUUUUCUGGCUUCCUGAUGCAUUUUCUGCACAUUAUCAAGCUUAUCAAGGCACAUAAUAAUGACAGUUGAUAACAUGAAAGUGACAUGUAAUAAUCCUAAAGCAAGUGACCUAACUACAUUCAGAGUCAUGUAUUCUGUUUUAUAUGCUUUUUACAGUGUUAGUGUUGAAAACAUUUGUGGUUUCAUUUGUUUAACCAUUUAGCAAGUGUAAUGAUUUGCUUUUAUAUUUUUUAAGUCAUUCAGUUUAUUUAUGACAUUUUGAACAGAACAGAGCAGAAUAAGACUGCGUGUGUGUGUGUGUGUGUGUGUGUGUGUGUGUGUGUGUCUGUGUGUGUAUGAACAGGAUAUGUUGGCCUGUUUGUAGUGGUGAUGUCAGGUUUUGCUCUGUGUUUUACUGUUUCCUUCGCCUGCCCAGGGAUGCAGAUGGAAAUUAGCUUAUAGCUAAAUCUGGUGAAAAUCAACUUUUCCCCUUUUAUGAGAUUAAUGUAUUUUGUACAUGGUCCCAGAUAUAUAUAUAUAUAUAUAUAUAUAUAUAUAUAUAUAUAUAUAUAUAAAAAUCUCCCUCAUAAGUGUGCUACUGACAAAGAUCCAAAGUCAAAUCUUGGGAGAUUGUUGAGUGUUUAUCAUUUUGGCAGCAUGUCUCUGAGAUAAAAUGGAUUGUGCCUCAACAUGUUGUGAAUAGUGACCAGAACAUCUAAGCUAUCCCUGGCCUGGGUUUGUAUUAUUUAACUCUGGUGGCCUUUUGUUUAUAUGUGUUUUGUAAAAAUGUGAAGAAAUGUAUCCAUUGUUUAUUUGUAUAUAUGUGAAGAAUAUAAUGUGAUGGUUUCUCUCAAACUAUUCUGUUGGCAGACAUUUUUGGAGAAAAAUUAGUCACUGGUAAAAGCGGAUGCAGCUAAAUGUUUUGCUUCAGGCCCGUUCAGCUCAGAGUCACAAGGACACUUCCAUUGCCCUGUGCCCGGGUGUCCUCUUUGAUACUACCACUGGGGAACACCAAAGUCUGAAAUUUAAAAUACUACGUGUAGUAGCUUGAAAAAGCGUAUACAGUGUGACAUUGCUUA